AAAAAUUGCAAAUCAUGACGUUUGAAUGACAUCCGACAGUUGACAUACCGGUAUUGUAACUCUCUGCGAUGGCAAACGACGCGCAAAAAAAGAAUCUCCUGCACGAGAAGUACGCAAGUGGGCCCCACGGACUGGGGGACCCCAACGACCGCACACUGCGAAGGGUUGAGAUCGACGUUAUGAUCCCGAAAAAAAUGCGCGAGAUUGCACGAGACGAAAAAUGCACCGAUGCCGUCGAGAAAUUCACCGAAUGUUGCAAAAAUAACAACAUUUUGAUGACUUUCAUGUGUCGUAAAGAGAACGCAGCACUGAAAGAAUGUCUGACUCGUUGGUAUGAAGAUGAAGAUUUUAAAAAUCGGUGCAAGGAGGAGUAUUUAAACGAAAGGAGUGAAUACAGGAGGACGGGAGUUACGCAAAAACAGAAACAAAGAAUGGCAACUUCCAUGUAAUUUUUUUUUGUAGUAACUAAGUAGUAAUAAAUUAAUUUUGGUCCA